GUUCAACCAUAGAUGUGAAUGCCAGUGAUUGGUCUUCGUCUGUCAGGAUCACGUUCUAGAAAACCAAACUGUCAGCAGGUGGAAGCUGCUUGGACCAACCAGACUGUUUAUAGUUUCAUCCAAUCGGGAGCAUAAACGUCCCUAUAGUGACAUUAAAAUCCCGGUUGGAUGAAACAGCAACAUAAGACUAACGUCAAGUGCACAACUAAACAAAUCGUUGCAAUAUAUAUAGGACGAAUAUGGCCAUGGCUGACAAGACUGCCGAGGUUAAAGCAAAAGAAGUUUCAUCACAUUAUGCCCUUUUCAUGGUGAAUAAGGACAAAAUCAAUGAGGAAUCCGUCGGAGAUGAAAAUUCCACCCAAGAAGGAGAAAUGGCUGGUAUUGGAGGCAACUCACCUGCAGUCUGUUACUAUGUUUUACUGCCAAGUCAAGCACUAGUGUGUUUGUUGGCUGUGGCCGAAGCUAACCUUGAGGUAUUUCGUCCAGAAUUGGCCAGAUUCUGCGAAAAGCUGGAACCUCAUAUAAAGGAGCAGUCAGCAAGUGAUCUCCUGUCAAAAUGGCAUGUUAAGUGCGUACAGUACGUUGGACACAUUCUGGAAGAACUAGGUCCAGAUAUUGCAGCUCUCCUACAGCUGGUGCAACAGAAUGGUGGAAUUAAGGUGGAAGGAAAGGUGCCAGCAUCUGUAGAAGCAGAUAUACAACAGUUUCUAAUGGCUUGUUCAGUGUCUGAAUGCUUAGUGGGAGCUCCACCAGGUGUGGAAGCUAUUGUGCAUAUGAGACCUGGAGCUACAAGAAAAGUGUGUGUCAUGGGUGUUCAAGCAAAUGCAUAUUGUACAGAUUGGGCUCGCCUGUUACUGGAAUUAGGGCCUUCUGCAGAACCUUGGAGGUUACGAAAAUUAUUAGAAGCAUUCAAGCUGAAGACCAUCAAAGACAUGAAUAUACUAAAAAGACUUCUCAAACAGGCUGAAACUGAUCAUUACUUCCUUUAUAGAGCCUAUGCAUUUUUAUGGCAAUCUGGUAACAGUGAUAUUUUGCUACGACAAGCUGCACUGGAAGGCUCUUCCUCCCCUGAUGUGUUAUCAGUUCUGGAGGAACAUUUGUCUGGGUGUGGAUCAUCUCCAAUUCCAGUUACUACUCGUGUAUGAAAACUACUGAAUAUUUUUCGUAUUCCACUGCAGCACAAACAAGUCAUUGCUGAAGGUGGUUAAGUUUGAAGAUUAAUUUUGAUUGUAGGUUUGAAAGUUCCAGCUAGUGGUGGUCUUGUAGAAUACCUCAUGUCUUCCAUCAUUUUGUUAGAAAAUCUUCCAAUGUUAAAUUCUGUCAAAUAUUUAUCAAUUCAUUUGUACACAAUGCAUUAAUAAAUUGUUUUUGAAAAUUAUACUGUAUAUAUCAUUAAAAACUAAUGGAGGAAAAUAGGAAUCUUACAAAAGAUUUAAUACAGAUACAACAGUUAUGUAUUGUUUCUACAUCUACAUCCAUGUGAUAAUCACAUUAGGUAGGGAAGAAACAUUUUGUGCCUAAUCAGCCAACUGCUAUACUCUUUUUCAUGUAAAUGAUUUACUCUUAACUAACGUACUUUCUCUGGCACUCUUAAAAGAUACACACACUUGUACGUUAAAGCACACUUAAAAAUAUUCAUAUUAACAAUUGAUAAUGCACACUAGAAUCCUCAGUCUUUGUAUGAUCAGGAAGUUAAUAUGAUUCAUUACAUAUUGCAGCUUCACCUAAGACUAUGUCAUCAAUACCACAGGUCUGUGAAUCCACUUGAAGCUUCGUUUCCCCCAAGAAAAAUAGAGUUUUGAGUCAUGUAUAAAAUCUACUCAUAAUCCAGUGAGUUUUUACAAACCUUAUAAAUAUAAUUCACAUGACCUGUUUUAUUGAGACACAUGACAAAAGCAAGGCACGCCUCAAUGCAUCACCCAUGCAACAAUCUCAGCCAAGAUUUAUAAUACCUGGACUUGUCUCGUUUUCCAGUCUAUCACAGAGCCAUCUUCAGACAUCGUUGCUUGCAUUAGUUAAAAACAAAACACAGCACAACAUCCGCACAGCGGAAUCAUGUUCAUUGAUCAAAACAAACUGAUCCUGCAGAUUACUGGAAUGUUCAAUGUCAUGGUCUAAGUUCACAACCUUUAACUAACACUAUGCAUUACAACCACUGACAAUAACUAACACUAGGUACACAAUGCUGUAAUAUAUUAUUCUACAGCAAACUUUCUUAUCUUUGGCUUAUCUUCCAACAUUAAGAGUUAGUGAGCAAAAAGAAAUUUAAAAAAAGAAAAAAAAAAAAUCUAAUGCUUCACCCAAACGUCCUACCCCAAAACUUA